GUAAAAAUAAUAAGGCCAAUCAAGCCGGAGAAAUGCAAACUGAAAAGUCAACCGGGUGAUAUUGUCGAGCAGUUUUAUAAACUAACGGAUAAAGAUGGGCGAGAAAUUGGAUCGAAUUUCGGCAAGAAACCUUAUGUGUUUACGCUUGGUAAAAAUCAAGUAAUCAGUGGAAUGGAUCGAGCAAUGACCGGCAUGUGUGUUGGAGAAAAACGCAAAGUGGUCAUUCCGUCCAAUUUGGGUUUCGGUGAUGGUGGCCGAGAACGUGAUGACAUAAAAGGUGGACAGACAUUGUACUAUACGGUGCAGCUCGUCGACUUGUUUCGACCGGUACCUGGUGACUCAUGGACCGAUAAGGAUGGCAUAAAAAUUGAGUGUUACCACUAG